AUGAAUAUGGAAGAUCCAUUAUUUAUGAAUACAGAAGACCUAUUACUUAAUAUGAAUAUAUCAAAUGAAACAAGCAUCAAGUUAUUUGAACAUAUUAUAGCUAUUCUUCCACCAAAUCAUAACUAUUUUGUUAAUAAAAUUCUCAACUUUCUGACUAUAUUACAACUAAAAGAUUUUUGUAUUGAAGGUGCAGAAAAAUGGCUUGUAGAUUUUGAAGUAGUGUCAAAAAUGACAAUACCUCAAACUAGAUGGUAUAAAAUUCAAGAAAAAAAAGUUAUCUUUAGACAAUUACGCUAUUGUAUUCAUAGUAAUAUUGUAAAGCAAAAACAAAAAAAUCCAAUAUUAAAAAUUCCCAAUUCAUUAUGUAUUAAAAAUUCUGGAUAUAAAGCUACUAUUCAUCUUCAACUUGAAUGGUG